GAAUUAAAUAUUCAGUUGCUUAGGAGAUUUUUAAUGUUUCAUCACCGCUAUUUGCUUCAUUAAAAAGCAACAACAACCAAAAAACCCAAAAUCGAGAGAGACAGCGUUCAAACCAUCCGUCGCUUUACCUGGCAGGAGUCACGUGACCAGGUAAUCCUCUCACCUGUCUGCGGCUCCUGCGGCUCCCGUGUUUGUGGACUCCUGGGAUUUGAAAGCCCUUCAUGUGGUUGCCGGAGAGCCGGGUCUCAUUCAGACUUAGGGUUUUCCUGGACUUCGUGUAGACCUUUGGACUGCGACCAACGGCUGGAUCCGUUCAUAUAAACCAACUGAGCGCCGGUGGGGUUUGUCGUGCACCCCCAUCCAUCCAUCCAUCCAUCCACCCAUCCAUCCAUCCAUCCAUCCAUCCACCCAUCCAUCCAUCCAUCCAUCCACCCAUCCAUCCAUCCAUCCAUCCAUCCAUCCCUGCCUGCCCCCACGCAAAAACUCCCCCGCACGUUAAUCCUGCCGUGGCCUUUCGGGCGGAGCUACGUGAGUCGAUAUAAGAGGGGAGAAAGGCCGGUGGGUGGAGGGAGAAUCUCCUGUGGACCUGCCGCGACCCUCUGCUCCUCCAGUCCCGACUUGCUGCCUCCUGCCGGACCUCCAGAAUCCUCCUCCUCCUCCUCCUUCCCCCACAGGGACCAGCACCAUGGACAGCUCCGGGAUGCUCCGCGGGCUGCUGUUUGCCGGCCUGCUGUCCGUCCUCUGUCACGGCCAGGCGUCCCAGGAAGUCUCCGCGGAGGACUUUGGAGUGGAGAGACCCGAACCGGCCGCAGACACAGACCUGAUAGAGGCGCUGGAGGGUCUGCUGGGCAGGAUGCACCGUCGGAUUUCCUCCGCCGAGAAACGGGGCAGCAUCCCACUGUGCGGGAUGGGCGACCGGUGUGCCAUGAAGUUUGGGCCGCGCAUCGGGAAGCUCUGCGACUGCGGAAGAGGAGCCAACUGCAACUCCUACCUGCUCAAGUGCAUCUGAACCACGGAGGGCUUUUACUUUCUUUCUCCACACAAAGAAAAAAAAAAACCCCGGCUCUCGUCUUGUUGUCAGUCUCUAAUAUCAUCAUUUAUAUGUGUGAUGCACUGCUGUUGUUUUGGCAGUUGUUGCCAGAGGAUAAGCAUCGACGUUGUGUUGCUGAGCGUCCUGAUGAUCUGCUGUAGCAUGUAAAUGUUUCAUGGUCAAUAAACAGACUUGUAAACACACCUAUUUAUUAUUUUAAUUACUCAAAGUUUACUCAUUUACUCAUUGGUCCGUGUUGUUGCGAUUGGAACUUCAGGGAUAUUUUUAAUUGGAAUUACACUGUCAAAUUUGCAACU